CAGAAGUUCAAAUCUGACUUUAGAUUUGACCUUUGACCUUCAAUGACCUUCUCAAGGUCAAAAAGGUCUUUUUUCAACUUGCUUCAAAUUGACUAAUUUUUUUUCAAAAUCAUCUACAUGUUCUCAGAAGUUCAAAUCUGACUUUAGAUUUGACAUUUGACCUUCAAUGACCUUUUCAAGGUCAAAAAGGUCUUUUUUCAACUUGCUUCAAAUUUACUUAAUUUUUUUUCAAAAUCAUCUACAUGUUCUCAGAAGUUCAAAUCUGACUUUACAUUUGACAUUUGACCUUCAAUGACCUUCUCAAUGUCAAAAAAAGUCAAAGAGGUAUUUUUUCAACUUGCUUUAAAUUGACCAAAUUGUUUUAGGUGGUGACAUUUUGUCAUGUUAAUGCCUUGUCAUGAAUGUUUACAGUGAUUGCAUUUAUAAAUUUAGAAUUACUUUAUGUAGAGUGGAUGAAAAAUGUAUUUAUCUAUUACAAAAAUUGUUCCAUAUUUUGUAUCUGCACAACAACUAACUUCUUUGACAUUGGGAAUAGGGAGUCUAACAUAUCUAGGAUUACCCAAGAAGUAAUGCUUACAGUUGUCUUGAACUGGAAGAAGAAGAGGGAUGUUAAACACAGAUAUAAAUUAGAUGGAUCCUAUAAGUCGGGAAGUUCUCUGAUUGGUCAGUCAGUACGUCAUACUUCAAGCGGGACAUUUGAAAUCCCUUAAGGGGCCCUAUAAUGGCUAGACUCCAAUUUUCCCAGACAUUAUAUUGCAUAGAAUGUUUAUAUACUAAAGACAUCCUCACGAUAUGAUAGACAAAAGUCACAAUAAAACAUAUAAAACAAUAUUUUGUAGUUUGUAUCAUGCAUGGUUAUUUUUAUUUCUAUUAAAUGACUACAUGUAUGUUGCAAAGUUUAC